ACAGACAAACAUAUUACGAUUCUUACAACCAUUCAUCUUACCAACGGCCUCGUUACCUUGGCACGCCGAGUUCAACUUCACAGCAAUACGGUAGCUGGCCGGCAGAUGUCGUCAUGACGCACGACUCCAUCGCUUUGACGCGGCUUUACGUCCAGCCAAUCAGCAGCAGUUUCCGAAGCCCAGGAAAGAAGCAGAUGAUAUGGCAGCUUUGUGAGCGGCCAGGUGGAACUCGCUUUUGUUUGAUCGGGCUGACAGCGGAUCAUGAGUACACUUUAACCCGCACACUGCAGCGGGGAUCCGGGGACAAACAUGAUUUAUCUCAUAUUAAUUUCUGCCUUUUCCGGGGCCAUCGUGACCGUCCUUUUGCAGCUCUUACUAUUGUACCGGAGGAGCCCCGAGCCUAUCGCUAGGACUGUGCAGUAUGUCAAAACAGUUCCUGAUCCCGCACUUAAGGAUUACUUUAGCAACCAACAAUCCGAAUCAACGCAGCCGCAACAAGACAUCACAUCAUCCGCCUCCAAACAACCAGACGCAGCUUCUCCCAGACAGCAAGACACCACCGUCUCCGGCGGCGGCAGCAGCCCUAAACAACAGCCGUCCUCGCCACCGCCUUGUCAAAGCGACUCCCUGCAUACCUCCAAAGCGGAGACGUGCGAUUUUCUCAAUGCCAUAUUUCUGUUUUUAUUCCGGGAGCUGCGUGACACUCCGGUGGUCAGAAACUGGAUCACCAAAAAGAUCAAGGUGGAGUUUGAAGAGCUCCUCCAAACCAAGACAGCCGGGCGUCUGCUCGAGGGGCUCAGCUUGCGGGAUAUAUCUCUGGGUAAUUCUGUGCCCGUCUUCAAAACGGCCAAACUCAUGAAACCCGUGGCUGUCAAUGAAGACAGCAUGCCAGAAGAGCUGAAUUUCGAGGUCGACUUAGAAUACAACGGCGGCUUCCAUUUGGCAAUUGAUGUUGAUUUAGUGUUUGGUAAAUCCGCUUAUCUGUUUGUCAAAAUGACACGGGUGGCGGGCAGGUUGAAGCUGCAGUUCACCCGCAUGCCUUUCACGCACUGGUCCUUCUCGUUCCUGGAGGACCCGGUCAUAGACUUCGAGGUGAAGUCUCAGUUUGAGGGUCGUCCCCUGCCCCAGCUCACCUCUAUCAUAGUGAACCAACUCAAGAGAGUUAUCAAGAGGAAGCACACCUUACCAAAUUACAAAAUAAGGUACAAACCCUUUUUCCCCUUCCAAGUGCAGCCACCUCUGGUGUCGUCAUGUGACUUGGAUAUGUCCAUCCGAGACACCCUAUUGGUGGAGGGACGACUGCGUGUCACACUUGUUGAAUGUAGCAGGUUAUUUAUCCUGGGCUCAUACGAAAGGGAGACAUAUGUUCACUGCACCAUAGAGCUCAGUGCCAGCGAGUGGAGAGAAAAAACCCGGAGCUCCAUCAAAGAGACUGAGGUGAUUAAAGGACCGUCUGGCAGUGUGGGAAUGACAUUCAGACAUGUUCCGGCUACUGAUGGUGACACAGUCCAUGUGAGCAUAGAGAGCGUCACCCCAAAUUCUCCAGCUGCCCUGGCGGAUUUACAGAAAGGAGAUCGUCUCAUUGCUAUUGGAGGAGUCAAAGUGACGUCUUCUGUUCAAGUGCCGAAGCUGCUUAAACAAGCUGGAGAGAGAGUGAUCGUUUUGUAUGAAAGGCCAGUCCGGCACCAGGUGCCUACUGGGGGCUUAGGGCCACUGCAAGAAAGUCUAGGGGCCAUGGAAGAGCCCAGCUAUCUUCCUCAGCCCGGGGGCUAUGAGGAGGACCCAGCCCCAAUAACCACCAUGGACAUAACUGAAAACAGAGACAUUGACUCUGAAUUCGAAGAGUUGAUUGUGGAGUCCAAACCCCCUGGAGCUUCAUUCAAUGUUGACACUAAAGAGGAUUUCCUUCUUUCUGUAAACCAAAGCCCCAAAAAGACUGUGGCCAACCUGGCCAAUCCCCUUGGUUCCAUCUCGCCAAUUCUCAACCGCAGACUGAACCUUCAAUCUCCACUCAAGCCCCAGCCCAAAGAAUCACCAAAGGCGCCAACUUACAAGAUUGGUGAACCACUUGAACAGCCACAGAGACCAACAGUUCCCCCUCCUCCACCUCCUGCACGGCCUCCUGUUCCUCCUAGGCCCCAUAUAAAGGUCACAUCAGCCUCGUCGGAAAUCCAAAACCUAGUGGAAGGUAGUGACCCUGUGGUUGAAAAAAGUCCAGAGAAAACGCAGCCCAAUGCUAGCAAUUGGGACAGACCAACAGAAAAAACUCCUGUUAAGUUACCAGAGCUGAAGCCUGUUAGUAAACACCCAGAGCCAACCGAGGAGAUCCCAAAUACUCCUGCCACAAACAAGCAAGACUUAGCCAAAGACAAGAUAUCAGAGAGCUCAUCAAACACUAGGGACAGCGUAGAUGAACAGGGUCUUUGGGAAUCACCUGAGACCAUGUACCGCAACAGAUGUGCUCGUUGGAACAAAGCCUCAACUGUUUUUGAGGCUGAAAACAACCAUAAAUUCCUUAAUGUAGCACUUUGGUGCAAGGACCCCUUCAAGCUUGGUAGUCUCUUGUGUUUGGGGCACAUCAGCUUACGCUUGGAACACAUAGCACUGGAAUGCUUAUCUACAUCUUCUGCAGAACACCAGAGUACCUUCCGUAUAUGUGCCCCUGAACCUAGGGCCAGCGUCAGCCGUACGGCUUUGCGGAGCUUGAGCACUCACAAAGGUUUUAAUGAGAAACUGUGCUAUGGAGACGUUACGCUCAACUUCAUCUACCUAGGGGACGGAGAGCCGGAUUUGACCAGUGGACCAACGGAACAUGAGCGAGAGGGGAGUCUUCAGGAAGAGGAGGUUAAAGAGAGGGAAAGGGAACGGGAGCAGGUGCUCAUGGUUACCCGCGACGAGACAAGCUACAGCAGCAUACAGUUCGGAGACAUGCGGCACAAUUUUCAAGACACUCAGUUCCAGAAUCCCACUUGGUGCGAGUAUUGCAAGAAGAAGGUGUGGACCAAGGCUGCCUCGCAGUGCAUGACUUGCUCUUACGUCUGUCAUAAAAAAUGUCAAGAGAAGUGCCUAACUGAGCACCCUACCUGCGUAGCGGCCUCAAACCGCCGUGGAGCAGAUCCUGAGGCAAAAUCUACAAUCAACCGGGCUACCACAGGCCUAACGCGUCACAUUAUCAACACUAGCUCCCGGCUCCUCAAUCUGAGGCAGGUGCCUAAAGCAAGGCUUGCAGAACAAGUGGCAGAAAUGGGACCAGUGGUGGCGGAGCCUUCUCCAAAGCAUACGCCUAACACAUCCGACAACGAGAGCAGUGACACAGAGACAUACACUGGGGCGAGUCCUUCCAAACAGCCACCAGGUAGCAGUGGCUCCAAAUUAGUGCGCAAGGAAGGCGGGCUGGACGACAGCGUGUUCAUAGCUGUAAAAGAGAUUGGUCGGGAUCUUUACCGUGGCCUCCCCACAGAUGAACGCUCGCAGAAACUGGAGCUUAUGUUGGACAAGUUGCAGCAGGAGAUUGACCAGGAGUUGGAGCAUAAUAACUCAAUGAUGGUGGAGGAACGAGAUACGAUUGACAGCCGACGCAAGGCCCUUAUCUCUGCUGCUCUGGCCAAGUCUGGAGAACGCCUCCAAGCUUUGACUCUGCUCAUGAUUCACUAUCGUGCUGGCAUUGAAGACCUAGAAUCUGUAGAAAGCACCUCGCCUUCAGAGCAGCACGGUUUUCCAAAAGCGAAAGCUGAAGGUCUAGAGGAGGCUCUGAUGGGCGCGGAAGUGAACGACAGUGACAUUUGCAGUCCGGUUGAUGUUCAGAUGCCGGAUGAGAUUUCAGAAGAGCAGAUCUGUGCAGAGGCGUUACAUUAAAGAUGAGGGUGGCAGGGGCUUGAGACUCAAAAACAACAGAUUUUUCUGUAUGACAUAGAUUAGGAUGACCUGUGAACAUCACACAGGUGAAUGUGAGGUUUGCAUAAGUAUUCAUGGAAAUUUACCAGAAUAUAACUGAACCAAAUUGUGUGGCAUUAUGUGCGUGUCAGUUUACUUUUUACUAUUUAAUUUUUUUAAAUAAAUAUUAUUUUUCUCAUCUUUUGUUUAUUAUCUGUUGUAGAGGACUUAUCAAUUAAGACUUUCAACAGUAUUACAAGAAAUAGAUGGAUUUGAUGAACAAACAGUUUUACCUGCCAUACCUAAAAGGUGCAUUUCAUUUUUAAUCAUAAAACUGCUUCAAAUAAGGAGUUUGAAGCAACAUGUGCUUAAAUUAUAAAGUAUAAAUCUCUUUUCAUUUAACCCUUGUACAUCACUACAGACUGGAUCAUAUAAACUUCCACUGUUGUUUAGAUUCAUAGUUGGAAAUACACAGUUUUAUUUUGUUUUGAGCUUCAAGCCCCUAUGCCUAAAACUCCAGCACAUAAAUUAGGAUUAAGUCCUGAACAGUAGUCCAGAUAACAUGAUGUCCAGAAAGUGGAACAUGCCAUUUUAUUUCCCGAUUGCCCCAAUAUUGAUUCUUAACUUCUAGUGAUAAGCACCCAUUAUGUUUCGUUUGCAGGAGAGUCAAUUCUGUCAUUUAAUUUGAUUAUUUUGUUUUAAAUGUUUAAAUAUUUAAUUCAGAGGGAAUCCUGAUAGGACAGUCAAUCUUGGUGUUAUAGUAAAAUACUAUUAGGGACCAUUCUUUGUGUUAUUAAUUUAGAUUUGUCACACCAAGCCAUCGUGACAUAACUUUUUUUUCUUUCUCGGGGGGGGGGGGGGAUAUUUAAAUAGCAUACAUGGGAUCGGUUUCAUCAUAUUCUCCAUCUCAUAUUGUGAUUUCACAAUUGACUUUGUUCUGAGACUCUGUGAUUAACAUAAAUGGGGCCGUUUUUUCCUCAAACCAGUUACUUUGGGUUUGUAUACUCAUCAUCUGAUGCAUGUUUUUUAUUCUCCAUCAGUUGAUUUGUGUGAAUGUGUCAGCAAGUUUUUACUUACUUUAAUUGUCAAUUUUGUAGUUGUGGUUUGGUAACAUUUAUGGAUGCAAAGAUAUUUUCAGUAUCACAUAUUUGUUUUUGGGGAUAUUUCCCCACUUUUGCAAGUUAAUUUCACAAAUGUACUUAUGAAUGUAUCUCUCAAGCGAUUCACUUUCCUAUCAUUAUUCCGUUCACUUCUCAAAACACAUCAUUUCUCACAGUCUAAAACUGCAUUAAAACUCUUUAGUCAAUACAUACAGUAUUCCUUAAUUCCCGAAGCUAACGCAAAACUUCCCUAACCCAUGUCUGUUGUGGCCUCUGUCUAUGUAUAGCUGGGCAAUUUUCAUUUAUUUCUGCAUUUAAGGAACCACAGACAAAAAUAGGUUUGUUUCAAAGAUUAAAAAAAGGGAUCUUAAAGGGCUAGUUCACCCAAAGAUGAACAUUCUGUCAUCAUUUACUCACCCCCAGGUUGUUUCAAACCUUUAUAAAUGUCUUUGCUUAAAGAAAGGUAUUUGGGAGAAUGUUAGCAAUUUUCAGUUCUAGGACAUCAUCAACUACCAUAGUAGAAAAAAUAUUGUAUAUUUAUUUGUUCUGGUGAACACACAAUGAGAUGUUUUAAAGAAUUAAGGAAAACAAACACCUCUGUUGCACCUUUGACUACCAUUACAUUUUCCCUACUAUGGUAGUCAACAACAUCCCAAAAGUGAAAAUUGCUAACAUUCUUCCAAAUAUCUUUCUCAGUGUUCAUCACAACAUAAAGAUACAGGGUGAAUAAAUGAUAACACAAUUUUCAUAUUUGGGUGAACUAUCUCUUCAAAUGAUCUUCCAACUUCAUUUGAUUGGUCAAAACAAAAGGAGCUUUCUUGCCGUUAUCGUUCACAUGUUUCCAAUGUACAUACAAUAUGUCAAGGCAUUACUGGAUCUGUGUUCAUGAAUUAAAGCUUUUUGGUCAAGACAGAUGACAGUCACGCUCCUAAAACAUUUAUUCAGCUGGUGUAGAAGCAAACUCACAUUCUUGCUUGUGCAGUGUUUACUAUAUGAUGUUCUUGUUACCACUGCAACCAGAGGGGAAACAAUGUCUUUUUCCUGAUGAAUCACUUAAGGGAAUGACAUUUAAAUGUUAAACUCACCAAAUUACAACAUUUGUUUUGGCUGUUUUUAUUCUAUUACAGCUUGGUGGCUGCAGUUGAUAUUCUGUGCUUCUCAAAACUCAAUGCUCUUGAAAUAUUUCUCCAGUUAUCUCACAGUGGAAAAAGUAUAAAACAAUUGAUAUAAAAAAUCACAUCCGCCUUGGCAAACUGUGGUUAAGCUUUUCUGGGAAAGAUGUCCUUAAUGGAAGCUGUAUCAUGGUUUAAAGCGCUAUUGUAAAUAGCCUAGCAGUGUGUCACUUUAACCCUGCUCUUUCUCCCUGGACUAUUAUAUAGUGCUCAACAUGUGGGUUCAACUUUUUGUUGUUGUUGUUGUUGUUUUUGCUUCAUGUAAAUAUGAUUUUGUUCGUUUGUGGGUUUUAAUUAUGGUUAAGGGCAUCUACUGAAAAAGUGCACAGCUUUUAAACUUGCUGCAAGAUCUUUACGCACUGACAUAUCAUAUUUGCUUAUGCACUUGAGAUAAAUAAAUUAUUAGAAAUUUAAA